ACUGCCGUCAACGAGAUCGAGAUGGAGUCGAUGGUAGAGCUGUACAAACUGUAGGCGUGUAAACUCGACAUACCAUGUUGCAUUUAAGAAGAAAAAAAGUGGAAGGAUGCGAAACAAAAAUAGAGAAGGUUAAUUGGCGCGGUAACAGAUGCUGGAGGAGUAUACUUAUCAGGUUUCAUCCGCCAGAAAGGAUACCCAAAUUCCAAAGAUUCUCUUCUGCUUACCAAGUCCACCACUGCCUACGUUGUUGGUCACUGGCGCAUUGAAAAAUUAAAGAUGAAGCAAGGGAUGGCUUAUGUGAGGUUGCAGUUGAACGAAAUGGAAAAUUGUCAGUUACCUGAAGCAUUGUCCAUUUUUGAAUUCUCUUUUCUGUUAAGGGUGUUUAUGAUAACUUUAAACAUCAAAGACGAACGAAAAAAUGAUUCAGGCAAGUUCUCGGUUUGUCUCUUACAAUACGGCCCUGCACUGUUGUCAAUGUAGACAUGUGUAGUCUUUUGCAUACAUUUCUGAGAUUGGCCAGAAAUGUUUCAAUGUAAGGACUUCAUCUGGGGCGAACCAAAAAAUUUUGACCAAUCAGUGAACAAAAGAUAGAACAAAUGAAUAAAAGGAGGCAUACGCAUGCAUGCAUUCAGUUGUAGUGAAUUUUACAUUUGUACAAAUAUCAGUUUGAAUCAGGAGCCAUAAGCGCCCUGGUUCUUAUUCCCUGCCUGGCAACUCUCACCAUUUGAUCACGCAACAUGGCAACAUCCACCCGAGAACCCACGACAUGUGCGUGGAUCGGUGCGGAUAUAUGUCGUCAUGGUGACGUAAUUUGUUCUUAAAAUAGCAAAGUUGUCCCAUAUCAUAGGUGCGCGCGGAUCCCAAGACUUACGGUCUCCGUGCCCGAUUAUGGUUCCUGUUUGACGAGACAUGCUCAUUUCAUUUGCAGUUAAAAGCAAAGUUCUAUCUAAUCUUUAAUGUUGAGGACGUCCCCAAAGACAACAGCUCAAAACUUCAUUUGACGUGGGUCGACAUAUUCUACAUUUAGCGAUGCAACUAUAAUCUUGUCAAACUAAUCAACUCCUCAAGCCUCGUUCUCAAGUCUAUAUUCCUUACCAGUCCCCCGCAACAAAAUAUAAAGCUUGUAAAUGCAGAUUAAACUCAAAUAACAGAUCAACGAGAGACACAUUAGAACGUUAUCCAGCAUUUGCAGCAUUAGCCGUUUGCUCUCGUACAUCAGUCACACAGGCUCAAAUGAUUUCUAUGGAAUACUGGAGGCCAUUUUUCGUCGUGUUCUUUUGCAUCUUCGGUUAUGCUUUAUGUACUCCUGAGGCAAAAACAAAGCUGGGAGCUCAUGAUGAGGAAGAUAUUUCUUUGAACAGAGGCAAGCGAUCUAUACCAAUCAUAUACGACAUCUACAUGCUGGAUCACUUCAUUGAGCUUGUGGAAAAGAUUGAACGCCAUACGAGUACCGAUGGCGAUACCAUCAACGAGAUCGCAAACUACAUCCGUAUUCUUGGUUUCAACGCUGAUUUGUGGAACAUACUGUGUGGCCAGUCAGAUCCUUUACCUGUUGGUAUUCUGAACUCAGAAGAAAAACGCGUUCUCACUAACAUGGUUCAAUACAGCUAUGAUGACAACUCCCAGCGGGAAAUGGGCGUAGUGCUGACACCUGACGGAGAAACCAUAGCAAUGGGUCGUGUCAUGAUGGGUAUUUGCGCAGGCCUGAAUCGUGAUGAUAGCCUCUCCCUCACGCAAUGGACAGUCGGUGCUCCAUUACGUGUCGACAAUUUGUUUACCGCUACCAUUGCUUACAACCUCGCGCGAAGCGCUUUGUAUAAAGGAAAUGGAGACACGUCAACUUUAUUCGGUCCUUCUGGAUAUUGGAACCCAAACACUCAAUGCCCCGCUUCGUAUCGCUUAGCUGGAGCCGUGUCCAAGGCUACUGAUGCAGAAAUACUAGGCGACAUUGACGGAUUCCUUCUAGGGCAUGGCAUCCCCAAGUGGAAGAAGAAAGGAGUGCGACUUGGUCAGUUGCUGAGGAUGUACUAUGGAUCAGGUAUCCUGUAUGAUACAUCAUAUGCCAGAUGCAGGAGAAACUCCAAAUUUAGAAACUUAGUUGACAUAGAAAUACUUCUGGAGCAGAUCGAAGGAUUCGCUUAUGCCUACUAUGACAAAAACUCCGCGCAGUUGCCUAAUGUAAAGAAAAGCAAGAUCGUGGACCUCUCCAGAAACGUAAACGACCAGUUUUUUACAUACUUGGAUGUGGUCACUGGGAAUACUUCGUGCAGUACUGACGAAAAUAAUGAAGACUGUGAACUUCCAGCUAACAUUGUGUUCGUUAUGGACGAGUCGGGAAGUAUUAAAGAGGAUAACCAUAAAAAAGAAGUCAAGUUCGUAAGGGAGAUUAUUCAAACGUUUGACAUUUCUCCUUUACAAGCUCGCGUGGCCAUUGUCGAAUUCUCCGACUCUGUUUCUCUGUCAGUCGCUCUUGACAACUAUGGCUCCAAAACGAGGCUGAUGUGUGCAGUCGAUGAAAUUCAAUAUAAAGGGGGUUACACUUACACUGCUGAAGCUCUGAACGCUGUUCACUACAAUGUGUUGAAACCCGCAGUGGACAAUCCAGUGACCGAUACACAAACAGUUCAGAUAGUCAUUGUACUCACAGAUGGAAAAUCGAACGACAGGCAAUUAAAUUUGGAGAAAGUCGUAAAGAAAUUAAAGUCAGACAUAAGCGGUAAUUCUGUUUUGUGUUGUCUUGACUAUUUAAUAGUGAAAUAUUUAUUUCUUACUUGCGCCUAGCGCUUAGUUUCAUGUGUUAUAUGCUUUUUUGUCUAAUUGGGUAGAUGUGAUUGCUUUAUUUCCGCUUCAUUGGCAAGUCGUCGAAACACACACACCAGAACUGCGAACGUUGUCACGUUACUGUAACAGCAGUUGUCACAACAUUUGUCAAGUAUAAAUGGAUACAGAUUGUGAAAUAAAAGGCAGAACGAGUAGCAGUGAUCUCUAUGCGUUACGCAAGUUCUGGCGAUCGUGUCGCUCAGAUAAUUUUCAGAACACGAAUGCUUCUUGUUCCGCAGACUGAUAGUCUUCUUGAGGUCGUCACGCAACGCUUCCUGAGAGGUAGCGUUGCGUGAUGACCCCAAACGACGGCUGCAAAAGAGACUUUAUCCUCCGGCGGGGCGGGAGGGGGUACACCGUGAAAAAUUGGGCGGUGUGCGGCCCGCUACCCAAAACCCUUACCCUAUUUAUGACCAAAAUCUACGAUAUUCCCUACCCUAUUUAUGACCAUAAAUUCGA